AUGACGGUGAUGAUGCUGAUGAUGAUGCUGAUGAUGACGACGAAGGUUAUGAGGACGUUGAUGAUGAACAAAAUGAUGAAGAUGAUAAUGAAAAUGACGUUGACGAUGAUGAUGAUGACGAUGACGACGACCAUGAUGAUGAUGAUGAUGAUGAUGAUGAUGAUGAUGAUGAUGAUGAUGAUGAUGAUGAUGAUGAUGAUGAUGAUGAUGAUGAUGAUGAUGAUGAUGAUGAUGAUGAUGAUGAUGAUGAUGAUGAUGAUGAUGAUGAUGAUGAUGAUGAUGAUGAUGAUGAUGAUGAUGAUGAUGAUGAUGAUGAUGAUGAUGAUGAUGAUGAUGAUGAUGAUGAUGAUGAUGAUGAUGAUGAUGAUGAUGAUGAUGAUGAUGAUGAUGAUGAUGAUGAUGAUGAUGAUGAUGAUGAUGAUGAUGAUGAUGAUGAUGAUGAUGAUGAUGAUGAUGAUGAUGAUGAUGAUGAUGAUGAUGAUGAUGAUGAUGAUGAUGAUGAUGAUGAUGAUGAUGAUGAUGAUGAUGAUGAUGAUGAUGAUGAUGAUGAUGAUGAUGAUGAUGAUGAUGAUGAUGAUGAUGAUGAUGAUGAUGAUGAUGAUGAUGAUGAUGAUGAUGAUGAUGAUGAUGAUGAUGAUGAUGAUGAUGAUGAUGAUGAUGAUGAUGAUGAUGAUGAUGAUGAUGAUGAUGAUGAUGAUGAUGAUGAUGAUGAUGAUGAUGAUGAUGAUGAUGAUGAUGAUGAUGAUGAUGAUGAUGAUGAUGAUGAUGAUGAUGAUGAUGAUGAUGAUGAUGAUGAUGAUGAUGAUGAUGAUGAUGAUGAUGAUGAUGAUGAUGAUGAUGAUGAUGAUGAUGAUGAUGAUGAUGAUGAUGAUGAUGAUGAUGAUGAUGAUGAUGAUGAUGAUGAUGAUGAUGAUGAUGAUGAUGAUGAUGAUGAUGAUGAUGAUGAUGAUGAUGAUGAUGAUGAUGAUGAUGAUGAUGAUGAUGAUGAUGAUGAUGAUGAUGAUGAUGAUGAUGAUGAUGAUGAUGAUGAUGAUGAUGAUGAUGAUGAUGAUGAUGAUGAUGAUGAUGAUGAUGAUGAUGAUGAUGAUGAUGAUGAUGAUGAUGAUGAUGAUGAUGAUGAUGAUGAUGAUGAUGAUGAUGAUGAUGAUGAUGAUGAUGAUGAUGAUGAUGAUGAUGAUGAUGAUGAUGAUGAUGAUGAUGAUGAUGAUGAUGAUGAUGAUGAUGAUGAUGAUGAUGAUGAUGAUGAUGAUGAUGAUGAUGAUGAUGAUGAUGAUGAUGAUGAUGAUGAUGAUGAUGAUGAUGAUGAUGAUGAUGAUGAUGAUGAUGAUGAUGAUGAUGAUGAUGAUGAUGAUGAUGAUGAUGAUGAUGAUGAUGAUGAUGAUGAUGAUGAUGAUGAUGAUGAUGAUGAUGAUGAUGAUGAUGAUGAUGAUGAUGAUGAUGAUGAUGAUGAUGAUGAUGAUGAUGAUGAUGAUGAUGAUGAUGAUGAUGAUGAUGAUGAUGAUGAUGAUGAUGAUGAUGAUGAUGAUGAUGAUGAUGAUGAUGAUGAUGAUGAUGAUGAUGAUGAUGAUGAUGAUGAUGAUGAUGAUGAUGAUGAUGAUGAUGAUGAUGAUGAUGAUGAUGAUGAUGAUGAUGAUGAUGAUGAUGAUGAUGAUGAUGAUGAUGAUGAUGAUGAUGAUGAUGAUGAUGAUGAUGAUGAUGAUGAUGAUGAUGAUGAUGAUGAUGAUGAUGAUGAUGAUGAUGAUGAUGAUGAUGAUGAUGAUGAUGAUGAUGAUGAUGAUGAUGAUGAUGAUGAUGAUGAUGAUGAUGAUGAUGAUGAUGAUGAUGAUGAUGAUGAUGAUGAUGAUGAUGAUGAUGAUGAUGAUGAUGAUGAUGAUGAUGAUGAUGAUGAUGAUGAUGAUGAUGAUGAUGAUGAUGAUGAUGAUGAUGAUGAUGAUGAUGAUGAUGAUGAUGAUGAUGAUGAUGAUGAUGAUGAUGAUGAUGAUGAUGAUGAUGAUGAUGAUGAUGAUGAUGAUGAUGAUGAUGAUGAUGAUGAUGAUGAUGAUGAUGAUGAUGAUGAUGAUGAUGAUGAUGAUGAUGAGAACUGA